AUGGAUACUAAUAGAGGUACCAAUUUGUUUGGGUCAAAGCUUUGUUCAAGAGGUCAUUGGAGACCUGCAGAGGAUUCUAAACUCAAGGAACUUGUUGCCCUCUACGGCCCUCAGAAUUGGAACCUUAUUGCAGAAAAAAUAGAGGGGAGAUCAGGUAAGAGUUGUAGAUUGAGAUGGUUUAACCAGUUAGACCCAAGGAUAACUAGAAAGGCAUUAAGUGAAGAAGAAGAACAAAGAUUGAUGGAUGCUCAUAGAUUAUAUGGUAACAAAUGGGCUACGAUUGCUAGACUUUUUCAUGGAAGAACUGAUAACUCAGUCAAGAAUCAUUGGCAUGUUAUCAUGGCUAGAAAAUAUAGAGAACAGUCCAGCAGUUCUUCUUCUUCUUAUAGGAGGAGGAAAUUAAGUCCAUUUUUACAUGAAAGUGGUGGUGCUUAUCUUGGAUCGCCGAUGAACAACAAUGGUUUUUGUGAAGAUCAACCACAAUCACCACCACAACCACCUCCUGACUUCUUUUCUGCUGCUGGUCAGAAGAACCAGGAUAUGGGAAAUUCUUUUAACCAUAUCAAGUGUUGGGAAGAGCAGCAGCCAAGAAAUGAUUACCGUUCCAACUUCGUGACUUGUUUUAUGCCAGUACCUACUUCUACCUAUCAUGACUUAAUGCAGCAACACUAUCAACACACUACUUACUCUCAUGCAUCAUCUAAAACAUCAACAUCUCAUGUCUCAGUCACUGAUCAUUAUCAAGCAUCAUCAUUAUCAUCAUCAGCCUCAACUCCUAUAGACAACAACAGUAGAGUACUUAUUGCAACACCCUAUUGUGACACUACAAUUGCACCACCACCUUUCAUAGACUUUCUUGGGGUAGGAGCAACAUGA